AUGGCUCGUAAUGAGGAGAAAGCACAGUCUAUGCUGUAUCGUUUCCGCGAGGCCCAGGCAGCGGAGCUGGGCCUCGGGACGCGUGCAGAUCGCCGGCCAAAGAUGGCGAGCGCAUGCAAGAGCCUGCGCGAAUGCGAACGGUGGCGAGGAGAGAUUUUGAGGGAGAUCAGUCGGAAGGUGUCGAAAAUCCAGGAUGCUGGUCUCACGGACUAUGAGGUCCGCGACCUCAAUGACGAAAUCAACAAGCUCAUGCGGGAAAAGCGGCACUGGGAGAACCAGAUUGUUGCACUAGGAGGCGCAAAUUAUCGGCGGAAUGUAGCCAUGGUGGAUGACGACGGGAAGGAAGUGCCCGGAACAAAGGGAUACAAAUACUUCGGUCGAGCUAAGGAGCUGCCGGGCGUGAAGGAGCUCUUUCAAAGCAAAAAGAAGGAAGAGGAGGAAGAAAGCCAGGCGCAGAACUUCUACAAGAAGUUUCAGAAUCAGGGACCCGCAUAUUUCGGCGACCUCGAUGAGGUUGACGGGAAGUUGCUCGACUUUGAGAUGCAUGCAGAAGACGAGGAAUGGCAAGACGCAUAUUCACAUCUACGGACAGUACUGGGUUUACCCGUAGACGAGCCAAUACCCCCAAUACCUCGACCAGCCAAGACUACAGCCACCAUUACCAUCACCGAUGCGUCAAGUACAGAACCAUCACCACUAGACACAAAACGAAAAGCGUCCGACGGGGACGUCGACAUGGCUCCCGCGGACGGUGCAGACGACCACGCCAAGCGACAACGGACAGACGCCCCCACUCAGACGGGCGCUGGCGCUAAUGCAGAGUUAUCGCCACAAGAAGCAGCCAUGACGGCUGCGCGAGCGACGGCGGCAUUCAUAUCGUUCUUGUCGCCCGAAAAUCUCCUUCCUCCCAAGAUGCCAACGAGGGAGGAGAUGGAGCAGUUCUUGCUUGACCUGCGCAAGAAGGCGCUCGUGGAGGAGUAUUUCGGCGACACGCUGUCGUAG